AUGACAGAACCUCUGGUAAUCAACAUUUCGGAGCUCCGAAAGUACAAGGAUAUCGACGCCAAGAGCAUGCUCAUGCGGGUGGGCCGCUGGUACUUCUACCAGCUCGGCGAGCUCCAGAAAACCCAACAUGACCUCGAGCUCUUCCAGCAGCUCGUGUACCGGUUCAAGUUCAUUUCGGCCGCCCAGGAGAAGGCCCUGAGAAAAGUCAACUUGGAGAGUUAUCCCAACAAGCACCUUUUUGGAAUCUCGGUGCAUCUGGACGGAACCGAGACGUUGCGGUUCUACGAGUCUGAGGGUACCCCGGGAGGCAUUAUCCACGCCAAGGACCAACGACUGGAUAAUGAGCCCAUAAUCUCGCCGGACUCUCGGAACUACCCCCGAGUUGGAGACACGGACUUUGAGGUGCCCAGCCAGCAGUUCCCCUACUUGAGCUACGGCGCCAUGUUGGUAAUCGCGGUGUUUUUGGUAGCGUUCAUCACGAAAAAGCUCAGGCAUGUGGACAAGCGGAGGGAUUAA